UUCAAUGGGCGCACGGCUUUUACCCGAACUUUUUUCAUCAACUCAAAUCAGCAUCACAACGCAUACCAGACUUGCUCAACAAGAGUCCCGCACUGCUACCACCAGCCGAUGUUGUUGUCGACAGCUCCACCACACACGAUUAUGAUGCGGCACCGAUCAACUUGCAGGACUUCAUACAAAGCGUGUCGGGCAAUGACAUCUACGUCGAGUAUGUCGCACCCACUGAUUCCACGCAAUUCGCCUUCGGCUCAAGCACUGCGGAUGGUGGCGCCUCCUCGGCACAUCUAUUUCCACAGCUGACACAAAAUUUCACAUUUCAAAAUUACUAUACCAACGAGUACGAGGUGUUGUGCAAGGAUGUUUACCAUCCGGACGACGAUACGCGACUGGAGUUCUGGGUAUGCGGUGUCGUCCUAAAUAUUGUUGGCAUAUUUGGUAUAAUUGGCAAUAUUAUCUCAAUGAUUAUACUAUCGCGUCCACAGAUGCGUUCCAGCAUCAAUUACCUGCUCAUCGGAUUGGCGCGUUGUGAUACGACGCUGAUCAUUACGUCUAUGCUGCUCUUCGGUAUACCCUGCGUGUAUCCCUAUUCGGGGUAUUUCUUCUACUAUUACAACUAUGUUUAUCCCUUUAUUUCACCGUCUGUCUUUCCUAUCGGCUUAACAGCGCAAACGGCCAGCAUCUAUAUGACUUUCACGGUCACAUUGGAGCGUUACGUGGCCGUCUGCCAUCCGCUGAAGUCGCGUGCGCUCUGCACCUACGGACGCGCCAAGAUCUACUUCAUUGUGUGCUGCAUAUUCUCGCUGCUCUAUAAUCUGCCACGCUUUUGGGAAGUUAUGACAGUGAGCUAUCAACCAGAGGGUAGCGAGAUAGUCUAUCACUGCAUACGUCCGUCACCGUUGCGACAAAAUCAGUCGUACAUCAAUAUCUAUAUACAUUGGUGUUAUCUGAUUGUCAACUAUAUUGUACCAUUCCUGACGUUGGCCAUACUCAAUUGCCUGAUAUAUCGGCAGGUGAAGCGCGCGAAUCGUGAACGUCAGCGGUUGUCGCGCUCAGAGAAGCGAGAAAUCGGUAUGGCAACCAUGCUUAUUUUCAUUGUGAUAGUAUUUUUCCUCUUAAAUUUUCUCGCACUUGUAGUGAAUAUCGACGAAGCGUUCUAUCAUAAAAUCGAUCAUUCACUUACGAAAAUUUCCAAUCUGCUGGUGACGAUCAAUAGCAGCGCGAAUUUUCUCAUUUACGUAAUCUUCGGCGAAAAAUUCAAACGUAUAUUUCUGUUGAUUUUUUUCAAACGCCGCCUCAGCCGCGACCAACCCGAUCUUAUACACUACGAGAGUUCUAUUUCGAACAACGGUGACGGUACGAUAAAUCAUCGUUCAUCGGGCCGUUUCUCGCGACACGGUACGCAACGCAGCACAACCGGUACAUACCUCGUAACAGCCGGCAGCGGCUCGAACAACAGUACGCUGAAGAAUGUGCGGCUGGUGCAGACCGGUUCGCCGGGAGUAGUGAAGAUCAAACGCAAUCGUGCGCCAUCGCCGGGACCAGUUGUCUACUAUCCGGCGAGAGACGUUCAACGCACAACUGUUGUGACGCCGGUGGCGUUAGCGUCCAACAACAAUACAGCGCUGAGUUGCGAUUGGAUCGACGGCAAGAAUGGACAGAUGACAUCGGGUAUCUGAGAUCGGUGGUAGUACAGUGGAGCUCAGAUGCGGUUGGGCGGCGAGAGUGUGUCAGAAGUGAAAGUGUAUAGCUGUAAAUAUUAAGUUUAUAUGAAAAUAAAAAAAGUGAAAUGACUAAUAGUUAGAAACAAAUUCAAUUUUAUUACCCGAUUACCUUCGAAAUUUCCAU